CUAUACAUGUCAUUCCUAAAGAGAAGAAGAAGGAAAAAUGGCUGCGCUCAUAAAAGGCGUGCUACGUCUUUUUCCCACAGAGAGAAAUGCUUUUCUUUCCACCAGGAGCGACAUUAUUGUUGAAUCAAAGCGAUUUGUUCGCGGCCUGAGGAGAAAACCAGUCAGGGUGCUGUUUCCCGAGAAUGACACGGGUAAAGUUGUAAAGCCGCCGCAGCCUCCACAGUCUGAUCAUCAUGCAGCAGAGCAGAAGAAUGGCAGAAUCGGCCCUGGAGCUGCAAGAGGGCAUCCUGACAGGAGUGACCCUGUUAACACGAGGAGUGGGACUGCAAAGCACCCGCAUGUUACCGUUACUAAGGAUCUAAUAGAUGGAUUGCGCUAUGAGAGGGCUUUUCCUGGAGAUAAAAGAUUGUCGAAGUUGGUUAGCGUCGCUCGAUCCAGGACAUUUCGGGAGCACCAGGGUAAAAUCCUCCUGGAGGGCAGGCGUUUGAUUUGUGAUGCCCUGGAGGCUGGUGCCCGCCCGCAGAUGGUGUUCUUCAGCUCAUUGGAUCGGCUCCAAGAACUGCCACUGGACAAGCUGAGGGGGGCAACAAUUGUCAAAGUCAAGUUUGAGGACAUUAAGAUCUGGUCUGAUGUUGUGGCCCCACAAGGAGUAAUUGCUAUAUUUGCCCGGCCUGAUCCUUCACGGCUGAACUUUUCACGAAGAGGUCAGUUGGUGCCGCUGUCCCUGAUAUGUGACAACGUCCGUGAUCCUGGUAAUCUCGGGACCAUGCUGCGAUCUGCAGCUGCUGCUGGCUGCCAUGAUAUCCUUCUUACCAAAGGUUGCGUUGAUGCUUGGGAGCCUAAAGUCCUGCGUGCAGCCAUGGGCGCCCAUUUCCGACUCCCCAUCUAUGCCAGUCUGGAGUGGCAUGAGAUUGGAAAUCAUUUUUCUAAACCUGUGACUGUGCAUGUUGCUGACAGUUCCCAUGGUCACCACCUCAAAAGAGAUGCCGAGGAUGAUGGGACUCCCAAGCUCUCCAAACCAGGGGAUUAUGGUUGGGUCGACUCAUCACCUUGCAGGAAGAAGAUGGAGUAUGAGGAAUACGAUUCAGACUCAGAUUCUGAAUCAGAGAAUGAGGAUAUUUCCCUUCACAGAAUGGAAACCAAAUUGUAUCACGAGAACUGGGCUCAGAGUCCCACUGCUCUAGUGGUAGGCGGAGAGACACAUGGUCUGAGUAUGGAGGCGGUCCAGUUAUCUGAGAAAACUGAUGGUUAUAGACUCUUUAUUCCCGUUGUUCCAGGUGUGGACAGUUUAAAUUCAGCCAUGGCAGCCAGUAUCCUUUUGUUUGAGGGCAGGAGGCAGCUGUUGAAGCUUCUGCAGACAACUGGGAAGAAGAGACAGUCUAAGGCUGAGAGGAAACCCUCAUGAUCAAACUGAACGUAGAGUGUUCAUAAUGUAUCAUUAUAGGCCCUGUUCUGCAAUAAAACUCUGAAUUUAAACCAAAA